AUGUACAUGACUAUGUUAACCAAUCUGGAUGUAAAACUGCAAACAUCGUACCCGACCUGUGAUUUGGAAAUGCUCGAAAUCAGUCCCGUGGAACAAAACAAGAUGUCUGAGUGUCCUCGCGUGUGCUCCAGUUCACCCAGCCCCUCCGACUUAUUGCGAUCUACUUGCUCUACCGAGUAUUUCGUUUCGACCGACAUCCGUCCUCCAUGUGAAUCUGCUUGUCGAAUGAACUCGAACGAUGUUGAUCACGUAUCCGCAUCACCGAUGAUCGAACGCUAUCCUGGUUCUCUGACUCACUCUACCGACCACUGUAUGGAUGGCGAUACCGUAGAAGAGUUAGUCCAACGUCGAAUCGAACUCCGUCGCAGACUGAGUCGACUAAAUGAUCAGUUACUUAAGUUAUUGUACGAGGAAUGGACCCUUACCGGUCACAUUCCUGAAGGUUACGAAGAUCUCCUUAAGGAAAUGAACAAAAGAACUCAGCCGGUGAAAACCACCUCAUACCCACUGCCGCGAAUGCUCAUCCGACGUGCCAGUACUCUGACUCGACCGUUGCGAGAUUUUUCUGAUCUGAGCACAUCCUCACAGUUAUCCGGUUCAGUUCCCUGGUCUGGAGAUUCUGGUCAUGACGACAGAGAUUUUACCACUCCAUCCAAAUUGUGCGACGAAACCGCUCCGACUUUCAAAGUGCCUACUACAUUCCGUCACGGAAAAAGAAAUCCAGAAUGUCCAUCUGAACAAAUUGAUUGUCCUGCUUCUGCAGCGUCAACCCUGAGCGGGGAUCGUGCAUUGUCCGUUCUCCCAAGUUUUUCCCCAAACGAUUCGCACACUGUGCUCAAUAUAUUUUCGUCAAACCAUGGCGAAGACCUCGAUAGCGAACAAGAUGCGUUAGUGGAAGAAGGUAGCUGGACUGAAGACGAAGAAGACAUUCGUCGAACUGCGUACGAGUUACAGCUGCGUCGUUUGGAGAUUGACUAUGCAGUUAUUUCCCAACUGCAUGCGGUGCAUAAACAACGUGCGAUCGAAACAAAACGCGAAGCCUAUCGGAUUGCAUAUAAAUCCAAUUCUAGAAAGCUUAAAGAAAUCAGUGCACAAAUGUCGGAGAUCAGGGUUCGAUUGCAAGGUGAAUCCAAAGAAGAAACGCAAACUAAACAACGGGGUCCAAAAGCCACUUGGCAGCGUCGUAAAACAUGGAAUCCGUUACGUUUCCCCGCAACCCAAUGGGCUGUUUCGACUUUACCUAGGCGACAGUCUCGCCUCGAUUCGCCCGAUAGUGCGCGUCUGCGACCAUUGGAUGCUUACUCAACACCAGUGACGCCGGAUCGUCGUUUUAAGCUUACUUUCGAUUCACCUCAAAAACCGCCGCCAAGUUUGGCCUCCGGGACGACAUCUCCAUCCAUGUCAAGGGCAAGCAGUCUCGCUUCACAUGAACAAUCCAGAGAGGACACCAUGAAUAAACGUCGGCCGAAGCGAACUCAUCAACACCGUGCUUCGCUAUUACCUCUUAUCCAGUUAUUCCGCCAUUCGGAAUCGGUGGAUCCCUUGCGUGAUAGUGCGAUUGAUUUACCCGAUCUCAAUUACGACAUUCGACGUGGUUGUUCCUCUUCCCAUACGGCGCACAUUUCCCACUGGCAUUCGGCUCCAGAUCUUCCCACUGCUUUGUCCACAAGUCGCGUCGCAUGCUGUCGUCGCGGCAACCAUAUUUGUCCUUCACAAAAGAAAGAGUGUCAAUGGAUGAACCGCGUGCAUACCUCGUCUGGACUCGAUCAUUAUCAUCCCAACAGAUCGGAUCCAACAAAACUGACGGAUUCCGGUGGCUCGUUUGCUGUGUCACUAUCCAGUUUCGCUCCAAUCGGUUGUCGGAGUUCUGUUGCUAACCAGAAUUCCGGGACAAUUAAUAACGUGGAUCUUGCAUUAAGACCUGCAGCCUCGCACGCAUCGUCUGCUUCCAACUGGUCAACAUCUGGAUGUUCGUGUUUAUCUUCUCAAACGAAUAAUUCCUCAAACGAAGCAAGCGAACGCCAGUUACCACUUUCGUAUCAUAUGUGUACCAAUGCUCUGCCCAAGGAAAUGAGCGAACACCCGAGAAAAUUAGAAGAUGCAGUUGAACCGGUAGUCAGGCUUCGCAGCAUAGAAGACCGUGGGAGAAGAGUUCGUGAACUUUCAAGUGCCGGAAAUAUUAACGCGUAUCGUUCAGCCAUCCCGGUAAAGUGUAUAUGCAGCUGCCUGUCAGAACAUAUCACUUCUGUGACGAUUCUCAAUUCGCGUACCUCAAGCCAAAAUGGUUUGAUCGACCCUACACCAGUAGGUUCCGUUGAGCGUCUUGUUCGAUCAGGUUUGCAUUAUCCGCGUAAGCACUGCAUACACUCAACAGAUUCCUGUGAAACCACUGUUCCCGCAUCACCUGUUCGAACCACUUCGUCAUCUCCGUCUUCCAGUACCCUUGAUGUCUCCCGGUUGACAUGUGCGGAAAAAGCUAAAUCAAGAACAACUUGCGUUUUCCAGACCGUGGCUGAUGGAGGUGAUAAAAUCACCGGUUUGCAAAAGGGCUCUUCGAGUCGACGUAGUAUACGACCGUUAGCUUUGUUGCGUCGCGCGGUCUCUAAGGUAACCAAAACACCAGCUCCCGAAUGCAAUUUGUCGGGUAGCAAUCCUGGCGACACAAAACCUGUUGAUGGUCCUGUGAUUAUCCCCGCCUUAAUGACAGGGCGUCAACUAUGUAACUGGAUGGAAAAUACAAAGGCGUCAACUGCUUGUCCUCCUGCAUCAUCCCUCAACAAUACAAAUGCAUCGCUGUUCACGUCAGCUCCGUGUUCACCAACUCUAUCAUCAAGCCAAGUGUCCGGUAAAUCGAAAUUUGUGUGGCCUUCGAAAUUCAGGCACUCAACUCGUUGCGCACGAUGA